GCUAUCACCUCCGUCGUCUAGUCACCGAGACUCUCACGUCCGAAGAGUGUGACCGAGACUAACGUGACGGAGCGCGAUGGGAGAAGACGGAGCGCGUGAUUGGAUUCGCGGUGACGAGACAGCGAAGCAGAUGCUAUCAAGGGUUCUCAAAGACCGUGCAUUCUUGCUUCUCCCGCCACUUCACCGUGUGCCACUACGCGCCGGAAACGUAGUCGAGGUCACCGGCGCAUCACCGUCUGCGAAAACUCAGAUCCUGAUUCAAGCUGCGAUCACUUGUAUUCUUCCUAAGACGUGGAACGGCAUUCACUAUGGUGGAUUAGGGAAACUUGUUUUGUUCCUCGAUUUGGAUUGCCGCUUUGAUGUUCUCCGUUUAUCUCAAAUGCUCAAGCAUCGUCUUCUUCAAGCUAACCGGAUAGGCAAUGGAACAUGGUGGCAACUUGAAGAGUCAAAUGUAAGAGAUUGCAGAUCUGCACAUGAGAAGUCAAAGACUUCGUUUGAUGAGGAGUUAUAUGUUUCAUGCAUGAAAAGGUUUCUGUAUGUUCGCUGCUAUGAUAGUCUUGAACUUUUGUCCUGUCUCAAGACAUUGGAUUAUCGGAUCCGACAACAGGAAUCAUGUGGUAGUCAAGUCGGAGUGCUUAUGAUUGACAGCAUUGGUGCUUUCCACUGGACUGAUCGUCUGUCGUCGUUAUUGGCGUUGGAGACACAUAACAGGAAAAGUCUCUCUCUUACGAAUGUGGUGGAGACGAUAGUGCAAGAGAUGAAGAAGCUACUGCAGGUGCAUUCACUUGUAGUAAUUGCCACUAAGGCUACAAUUUACGAAGAGAAAUACCCAACAAAUGAGAAUAAUCGGAAGUUCUCCUUAAACGAUGAUUUGUCAGGGAAUGUUGCAAGUAAAGCUCAGCAAAUUCCAUUUCGUGAAUUCAUGCCUUCUUCUUGGCAGGCAUUUGUGACACAUAAGUUAAUCAUACGACAAUCAGCUGAUCAUCAGUCUUUGCAAACAGGACAAGAAAGUUUGUCGGCAUAUUCACUUGAAUGGUUACAACCGCAACUUAGCAGCAUAGACCAAUUCAUAGUAGACGAUUCUGGCAUUGUCAUUGUCUCGUGACUUAGAUUUCUUCUAUUCAGUUUGUAGAAACCAUAAACCAUUGUGAGUUCAAAGUAGCUAAUAGCUGAGCGGUAUGCAGCAAGUCGCCAAAUGUAAAGUUAUUUAUAUAUAUCUUUUAUAUCAGAAAGAGGAAAAAUAAGGACAGCAAAAGUUGAAUCUUUAAAAGUAAAAUUUGUCUUUCUAUUUU